AUGGCGAACAGCUCGGCUCUGGCGGGCGCGCUGGGCCAGCUGGCCAGCACGCUGUCGAGCUCCCCGGCGGCCACGGGGAACCCCGAGGCCGCCGCACAGCUGGCGCAGAUGCUCUCCGGCCUGGCCGGCGCCGGCGGCGGCGGCGGCUGCGGCGGCGCUCUGGCCGCGCAGGCGCCCGGCCAGCAGGCGCCCUGCGGCCCGGUGCCCAGCGUGGAGGAGUUCACCGCCCAGAACGGCCUCGAGGCCUGGUGCGCGGAGGCCCUGCACCUCCUCGACGACCAGCAGCGCGAGCGCGUGAUGGGCACGCCCUUCAACCUGGAGCACACGCGCAACCUGGACGGCGUCCUGACCAGCAGGAUCAAGGAGGUGGCCUCCACGGAGCAGAGGCUCAGCAUGUUCGUGAAGAUCAACGGACUGGACCCGGGGGUGGUGGACCGGCUGUCCACCCUGACCCCCGAGCAGCACGAGAAGGUCAUGGAGUCGACGCUCAAGAUUGCGAAGGCCAACAACCCCUCCGGGGUCUGCAUGAAGCGCAUCACCGACGUCCUGCGGAGCGAGCGCCUCGGCGUGGACCACGGCAAGCACAUGUCCGCCCCGGACUACCAGCCGGGCCGGCCCAGCAGGUUCGACCAGGGGCCCGGCGGCUGCGCGCCGGCGGACGGCCUGGGCGGCUGCGGUGCCCCUGGCCCGGGUGGCUGCGGAGCCCUCGGCGGCGGGCAGCCUCAGAACGGCGUGGCGGCCGCGCUGGCCAACCUCGUCGGCCUGCUGAACGGCUCCGCCGGGCGCGACCGGAGCCGCAGCCCGCCGCGCGGCGCCCCCGGCGGGGGCGGCCACCUGCCCCGCAACAUCGAGGCCUUUGUCUCCGAGAACGGGCUGGAGUGGUGGGUGGGCGAGGUGCUCUCGCGGUGCAGCCUGCUGCAGCGGCAGAACGUGAUGACCGAGCUCGGCAACAUGUCCGGGAUCCGGAACCCGUCGGGCGUGGUCAUGGCCAGGGUGAGGCAGACCGUCUCCACCCAGGAGAUGGUCGCCAUCUUCAUCGACAUCAACCAGCUCGACUCCAGCGUGGCGGCGGAGCUGUGGGCCCUGCCGGAGGAGCAGCAGCAGGCGGUCAUGGGGCCGGGCAUCUUCAUCCAGGCCGCGCGCAACCCGUCGACCAUUGCGCGGACCCGCAUGCGGAACGUGCUGGACGGCAGGGACGCCAUGGGCGGGCCGCCCCGCAGCGCGCCGCCCGGCGGAGGCCCACUGCCUCUCGAGGGCGGGGGCUCUGGCCCUGCGGGGGCGGGCGGCGUCUUUUUCUGA